CCGCUCUCUUUUCGCUCCCGGCCGGCGUCAUGGCGGUGGGCAAAAAUAAGCGGCUGACCAAAGGCGGCAAGAAAGGCGCCAAAAAGAAGGUGGUGGAUCCCUUCUCCAAGAAGGACUGGUACGAUGUCAAGGCCCCGGCUAUGUUCAACAUCCGCAACAUCGGGAAGACCCUGGUCACCAGGACGCAAGGAACCAAGAUCGCGUCCGACGGCCUCAAGGGCCGGGUGUUUGAGGUGAGUCUGGCCGAUCUGCAGAACGACGAGGUGGCCUUCCGCAAGUUCAAGCUCAUCACUGAGGACAUCCAGGGCAAGAACUGCCUGACCAACUUCCACGGGAUGGACCUGACCCGCGACAAGAUGUGCUCCAUGGUCAAGAAGUGGCAGACAAUGAUCGAAGCUCACGUGGACAUCAAGACGACAGACGGCUACCUGCUGCGCCUCUUCUGCGUGGGCUUCACCAAGAAGCGCAACAACCAGAUCCGCAAGACGUCGUACGCCCAGCACCAGCAGGUACGCCAGAUCCGCAAGAAGAUGACGGAGAUCAUGACCCGCGAGGUGCAGACCAACGACCUCAAGGAAGUCGUCAACAAGCUGAUCCCGGACAGCAUCGGCAAAGACAUCGAGAAGGCCUGCCAAUCCAUCUACCCCCUCCACGACGUCUUCGUGCGCAAAGUCAAGAUGCUGAAGAAGCCCAAAUUCGAGCUGGGGAAGCUCAUGGAGUUGCACGGGGAAGGCAGCGGAUCCAGCAAACCGUCUGGGGACGAGACGGGAGCCAAGGUGGAGCGCGCCGACGGCUAUGAGCCGCCCGUCCAGGAGUCCGUCUGAGGCCGGGACCUCGAGUGGCCAGGGAAGGAACAGUGUCACAGCUCCGGGCUGCCUUGCCUGGUCCGAUUCCUGCGACAUGUCUGGCCGGUCUCCGUGGAGCCCCAGUUGGCUGAGAAUUAGGCUCAGGGAGUCUUCCCCGAGCUGGCGGCCAACUUCCCAUCAUAGCCAAGAUGGCAACCAAACUGGAGAUCCCCUUCCCCUGCCCUUUGAGUUGCCCUUGACCUUUUACCGCAAGGAGAACAGAAAAUAUUUAUGAAGAAACAAGCCUUUAAAAAAGUUG